AUGGACGCGCAACAAUCCUCGUCGCCGGGCUCCUUGAGCUGGCGCCUGAGCUCGCAUCCGAUAACGCUGCUGUUCUUCUUAGGCUUCCGCAUCUCCUCCCUCCUCGUUUACCUCUUCGGCAUGCUCUUCACGGAGAACCUGGUCAUGAUCUUCAUUAUCACGAUCCUGCUACUCGCUGCCGACUUCUACUACCUCAAGAACAUUGCCGGAAGGCGCCUGGUCGGCCUGCGCUGGUGGAACGAAGUCGAUCCGUCCUCGGGUGACAGCCACUGGGUCUUCGAGAGCAGCGACCCCAGCGUCAAGACCAUCAACGCCACCGACAGCCGCUUCUUCUGGCUGGCCAUGUACGCGCAACCGUUGCUGUGGAUAGCGCUGGCCGUGCUGGCGCUCAUCCGCCUCAAGUUCAUCUGGUUGCCGCUUGUGGCUAUUGCCCUCGCUCUCACGAUCACGAAUACGCUGGCCUUCUCGCGAUGCGACAAGUUCAGCCAGGCCUCGAACAUGGCUGGCAGUGCGCUGUAUGGCGGAAACCUCGCUGGAAGCAUCGCCAGCAACAUGGCUGGUCGGUUGUUCAGCUUUGGCAGAUCAUAG